AGGCGGAGUGCACCCCGUCCACUUCCUCGCAUUCCUUCUCCAAAAACGAGUCCCCUGCGCUAAAUUGUGUUUAAAAUGGGUUUUGGCGCACUCUGUCUCUUUUAAUAUGUAAGAUGUGGCUGUUAGUGGUGCAUUGCAAUAUUUUCUCGACCUCAAAUUCAAAUGUGAGGCUCUUUUGGAAAACUGGAGAAAAACUUGACAAGGGAAAAUUCCUCCGCGCAGCGCGCCAUUGACUGUAAAGAUCUUUCAAUUUAACAAAAACUGAAGUUGACAAAUGUCCUGACGUUGAAACUUUGUGAUAAGGGUUUAUGUUUUCGAAGAAAAAUAUCAUGCAACGCUUCGAGAUUUCCAAGCACACUGGCUGUUCAGCAAACAGGCGACGUUGCCUGGAUUGAGCCUGCGUUUUGUUAUGAUUUCCAAGUGAAAUGCAAUUACUGCUAUCUCACUUGGUAGUCGGUUUGUGGACUAGUGCGCUCUUUCUCUGAACUUGUUCGUCGGCACCGGAGCAAACCAUGGAUCACUAUGAGGAAGAUUUGGGACUCCGGGCGAGUAAAUUAAUGGAGGACCUUUCCUUAUAUGAAGCAUACAAGGAUGGAAUGUACAGUUUAAGGAGGGACAUGGUUAUCAACCCCGAUUUGGACUUUUCGUCUCCAACGAUACCCGAGCAGAAAAGUACGACAAUGAAUGGCAACUCUGUGCCUCAGCAACAGACACACACCGUUGAGAAUUACAUGACUGGGAAUAAAGUGUACACUGCGGCUCCCGUGCGCCCGGUGAAUGGCAACAGAGCCGUUCCUGUGGAUUAUUGCACCCCUCAAAGAGACACAGUUUAUCCUAAUGAAGAUAGCUAUUGCACCAAAUCCGAAAUUGCUUUGCCGUGUUAUAGCGGCGCGUCCGAGCGACACAGGAGGUACUCCUUGGAGGUGCUGGGGCAUAGGUACAGCACUGGUAGCGCGUACGAUGGAGUGGUUUUGAACAAGCCAGUACCUUCACCUGGCAACAGAUGCAACAGUAUAUGUGUUACCACCAACCACGACGGCAGAUACAAUGCAACCAGCCCGCGGUCCAGUUUCGUAUCCUCCCUCUCCUCCCAGGAGCAAAGCAAACAUGCAAGCCCGAGGUCGAGCAUCAGUAGCCCGCGCACGAGUCUGGUGGUACCCGGGCAAGACAAGUAUACGAGUCCCAGGUCCAGUCUGGUACACUGUGAAGGGAGCAGUGCCCUCAGCCCCCGGUCUAGCUAUGCAAGUACAGCCAGCGACACAAGUAAACAUUCCAGCCCAAGGGCCAGUCUGAACAGCUAUGACUGCUGCAGUAAGCCCAGCAGUAACCGCACCAGCGGCAUCAGUAUGGGCUACGACCAAAGGCACGUCAGCCCCAGGUCCAGCACAGCAAGCCAGUAUUCUUGUACCACCAGUCCACGCUCUAGCUAUUCAGAUUCGCGUUACAUGCCUGUGGAGAACCAUGAUCUGGAGGGUGCAGUUUUGCAUGGCAUGCCGGUGGCCAGUCCCCGGUCAAGCAUCUGCAGCCAGGACGGGUGCGCAAGACCCGGGACAAUAGCUAACUGCGUCGUUAGUCCCCGGUCCAGUAUCUCCAGUCACAGUUCCAGAAGUUCCCGGAGCUCCAGGGGAUCUAUGAGCACCUACCCAGAUCUCCAACUGCCUUCACCCAGGUCCUCAAUGCUGGUGACUGGUUUGCAGGAGGACAUACUAACACAAGAUUGUGGCGAUACCAACGGUGUUCAUAGUCGUAUCCAUCUCCAAGUGCUCUCUGGGAUGCCAGAGGCCCUGCCACAGCAUGCACCACAACAGUCAACCCAGGCAGGGAUGAACACGGAGGUGAUCGCUGGAUCACCAUCAUCUUCUUAUGGGCUCCAUACGAAAACUCCAGCCUCAGGGCAGAGGUUUAAACUACCUUACCAGGUGACCCCAUGCCGGGAAAGUGGCCCAAGCCAAGCAGAAAGGAGUCUGGAAGCACUCACCUUGGAGCUGGAGAAGGAGUUAGAAAUGCACAUGAAAAAAGAAUACUUUGGUAUCUGUAUCAAGUGUGGGAAAGGUGUGUAUGGAGCCAGCCAAGCCUGUCAGGCCAUGGGGAAUCUGUACCAUACCAACUGCUUCACCUGUUGCUCCUGUGGGAGGAGGCUGAGAGGGAAAGCUUUCUACAACGUCAACGGCAAGGUCUACUGUGAAGAGGACUUCCUGUACUCUGGCUUUCAGCAGACGGCAGAGAAGUGCUUUGUAUGUGGUCACCUCAUCAUGGAAAUGAUCCUGCAGGCACUGGGCAAGUCCUACCACCCUGGCUGCUUCCGCUGUGUGGUCUGCACAGAGGGUCUGGACGGAGUACCUUUCACUGUGGACGUGGACAACAACAUCUACUGUGUUAAAGACUAUCACACGGUCUUUGCCCCAAAAUGUGCCUCAUGCAACCAGCCCAUCCUCCCUGCUCAGGGCUCUGAGGAGACCAUCCGGGUGGUGUCCAUGGACAAGGACUACCAUGUGGAGUGCUAUCACUGUGAGGACUGUGGCCUCCAGCUAAAUGACGAGGAGGGUCACCGCUGUUACCCCCUGGAUUGCCACCUGCUCUGUCACGGCUGCCACAUCCGCAGGCUAAAGGUCCCGGUGCCCGGCCACCCGCCCCCCAGCUACCCACUACACGUCACUGAGCUGUGAGAGGGCAGGGUCGGCGAGGAACCAACUCCAGCCAAGCCCAACCCACCGCUGACCCGCCUCCCAGGUGACCUGAGACAACAUAGCAGAAAGAAGAAGGAAUCCCCCGCCCACGGAAUCCCGGGAACUUCAGAACCUCUUCUUGCAUGACAGAACAGAACAGAGAGACCCUGGGAGACUUCGCUCUCUACUUGCCGGCCGUGCCCUGGGGGGAGGAGAUAGAUACAGGGCCAUGGACAAGUCACAAGACCAGGCUGGGAGAGAGUCCACGUCUCUCUCUCUCUCUGUCUGUUUCUCUCGCUGUCUCUCUCUCUCUCUCUCUCAUCAGUUUUUUUCUCCCUCCUUUCUCCUUUUGGUCUGUGAACAGUGAAGCAGGCCGAGGCCCCAGCCCACCCAGAGGCCCUGGCCGAUGUCAGCACCGUGACCCCUGCACAUUCAUCACAGUGGGGACUGGCCUGGAUGGAGAGAGGGGGCCACUCUCUCUCUAUCUCCAUCGCUCUCUUUUUUCCUCCCUUUCUAUUUGGUUCAUUCCUUCGAGCUGAAGCCCAAUGCCAUGAUGCAUUUACUGCUCCUCUGUCAGAGAGAGAGAGAGAGAGAGCUGGACAGCGUCUCUGCCAGGAGGCUGGGAGGCCAUGAAACAGGCCGCUACAUAACAUUCCAGCACUGUCUGGCAGGGUUAGAGGGUUGGACAUGCUGUGCCUUCAGAGUGGCCUUCCACUGAGAAACCUCACUGAAUGGUGACAGUGCCACAGUCCAGCUAUCUACGGCUCCUUUUGGCUAUGCAAGGGUACCGAGUCUACCAGCAACAGAGCGCCUUCGUGUGACUCUGUGACACACUCUCCUGUACCAUCCCUUCAUGUGACACAGUCUCCUGUACCAUCCCUUCAUGUGACACAGUCUCCUGUACCAUCCCUUCAUGUGACACAGUCUCCUGUACCAUCCCUUCAUGUGACUCUGUGACACACUCUCCUGUACUAUCCCUUCAUGUGACUCUGUGACACAGUCUCCUGUACCAUCCCUUCAUGUGACUCUGUGACACACUCUCCUGUACCAUCCCUUCAUGUGACUCUGUGACACAGUCUCCUGUACCAUCCCUUCAUGUGACUCUGUGACACACUCUCCUGUACCAUCCCUUCAUGUGACUCUGUGACACACUCUCCUGUACCAUCCCUUCAUGUGACACAGUCUCCUGUACCAUCCCUUCAUGUGACAGUCUCCUGUACCAUCCCUUCAUGUGACACACUCUCCUGUACCAUCCCUUCAUGUGACACAGUCUCCUGUACCAUCCCUUCAUGUGACACAGUCUCCUGUACUAUCCCUUCAUGUGACUCUGUGACACAGUCUCCUGUACCAUCCCUUCAUGUGACUCUGUGACACACUCUCCUGUACCAUCCCUUCAUGUGACUCUGUGACACACUCUCCUGUACCAUCCCUUCGUGUGACUCUGUGACACACUCUCCUGUACCAUCCCUUCAUGUGACAGUCUCCUGUACCAUCCCUUCAUGUGACACAGUGACACAGUCUCCUGUACCAUCCCUUCAUGUGACAGUCUCCUGUACCAUCCCUUCAUGUGACACAGUCUCCUGUACCAUCCCUUCAUGUGACUCUGUGACACACUCUCCUGUACCAUCCCUUCAUGUGACAGUCUCCUGUACCAUCCCUUCAUGUGACACAGUGACACAGUCUCCUGUACCAUCCCUUCAUGUGACAGUCUCCUGUACCAUCCCUUCAUGUGACACAGUCUCCUGUACCAUCCCUUCAUGUGACAGUCUCCUGUACCAUCCCUUCAUGUGACACAGUCUCCUGUACCAUCCCUUCAUGUGACACAGUCUCCUGUACCAUCCCUUCAUGUGACAGUCUCCUGUACCAUCCCUUCAUGUGACAGUCUCCUGUACCAUCCCUUCAUGUGACACAGUCUCCUGUACCAUCCCUUCAUGUGACACAGUCUCCUGUACCAUCCCUUCAUGUGACAGUCUCCUGUACCAUCCCUUCAUGUGACAGUCUCCUGUACCAUCCCUUCAUGUGACUCUGUGACACACUCUCCUGUACCAUCCCUUCAUGUGACACAGUCUCCUGUACCAUCCCUUCAUGUGACUCUGUGACACACUCUCCUGUACCAUCCCUUCAUGUGACUCUGUGACACACUCUCCUGUACCAUCCCUUCAUGUGACACAGUCUCCUGUACCAUCCCUUCAUGUGACUCUGUGACACAGUCUCCUGUACCAUCCCUUCAUGUGACUCUGUGACACACUCUCCUGUACCAUCCCUUCAUGUGACUCUGUGACACAGUCUCCUGUACCAUCCCUUCAUGUGACUCUGUGACACAGUCUCCUGUACCAUCCCUUCAUGUGACUCUGUGACACACUCUCCUGUACCAUCCCUUCAUGUGACUCUGUGACACACUCUCCUGUACCAUCCCUUCAUGUGACUCUGUGACACACUCUCCUGUACCAUCCCUUCAUGUGACACAGUCUCCUGUACCAUCCCUUCAUGUGACUCUGUGACACACUCUCCUGUACCAUCCCUUCAUGUGACUCUGUGACACACUCUCCUGUACCAUCCCUUCAUGUGACACAGUCUCCUGUACCAUCCCUUCAUGUGACUCUGUGACACACUCUCCUGUACCAUCCCUUCAUGUGACUCUGUGACACACUCUCCUGUACCAUCCCUUCAUGUGACACAGUCUCCUGUACCAUCCCUUCAUGUGACUCUGUGACACAUGCUCCAGUGCUCCUUGGCAUAGUGGAUGUUUGUGGCACCACAUGCGCUGUCAGUAGCCACAGUGCUAGCCUGGGCUGGCACUCAUUCCACUUAGCAGUCUUAGAAGACGUGACCUCGAGAGAUUCACAAGCAGUGUCUCAACGAUUAUAUAACAAGAUAAAAAGUUAGAAGCACGUAGAUUGCCUAUAUAUUUUGCAGACAUUUUCCACAUAAGAUUCUAGAAGUGUAGUAUAUUUUUUUGCUGCGUUAUUAUUAUCAAAUGGAAUCGGGGGCCAAACGAGCUGUCGCCGUCUUAACGGUCCUCUGAAGGGUAUUGGUCCAUUGUUUAAUUUCUCCUCAAGGACACAUGUCCUAGAGGCCUCUGUGUUGUCGUUGGUCAUGUGAUCCACAGACCUGUUAACAUGUACAGUUCCACACACUGGUUAUUUGACCCAUAUGGUAGCACUGAGUAAGUGAGUGUCUGACCAUCGAGAGUCCCCACAUAUCCUCCUCAUGCACACGUUACUGUGUCAUACCUACUGGUUGAUCUGAUUGUCUGGUUGGUUGUGGGAGUUGCUGGUCCAACCCAUGUCUCUGGGGAAUCCAUCCCCCGUGUUUUCCCUCGCUGGUUGUGCCGUUGUGUGCAUCUGUGUGUUUGUGUGUGUGUGUGUGUGUGUGUGUGUGUGUGUGUGUGUGUGUGUGUGUGUGUGUGUGUGUGUGUGUGUGUGUGUGUGUGUGUGUGUGUGUGUGUGUGUGUGUGUGUGUGUGUGUGUGUGUGUGUGUGUGUGUGCGUGUGUUUGUGUGUGUGCGUGCGUGCGUGUUAGUUUGUGUGUGUGUGUGUGCGUGCGUGCGUGUGUGCGCACCAGUGGCAGUGCCAUGGUGCAUGUACCUUGUUGAGUGAGCAGGACAACGGCCAUCCAGCUCCACAAAACGACCCAUGUUCUCUCAAUCUCUCUCCAACAGAAAGGAUGGGUUAAGGCUCUGACUCAGGCCUACCCAGUACCUGCUCACAGUAGCCUAGUCAGAGGAACUGUCCUCUCAUACUACUGAAUCUAACAGACAAGGAGGCUGACGUAGAGAUUACGGAGAGGAGUGGCCGACACAGGCAUCAUGUGCUUUCUGAUGUAUCCCUCGAUGAGAUUCUUUGGAAUGUAAUUAUUAGUGUAUGUUUGGCAAACUGUUGUUUAAUUUUUGCUCUGCUCCCAGUUGUACAUUUUCAAAAGUGAAAAAGGCUAGUAUCCCUGGAGUACAUGUUUUUGCUGGGAAAUUCCCUUUGAUGGUAGAUAAACUGAAUCUCAGCAUAGUAUGAUGAGACUCCUAGUCAAGGAAUGUGUAAUACACUUGAAGAAUGAGGCAAUGGCAUUUUCUGAACUGUAGUUUGAAUAGUACAAUAAGACCCACUCAUCAAACUCAAAUCAUUUUUCAUUAAAGCACCAAAUGUUUAGACUUGACAAGAGUUGAUCCCCUUUAACGAUGUCUUAAUACACCACCUUUAAAAAAUACUACUUCAGUUCCAUGUCUAUUGCAUAGCACACAGCUAGUUUCCCCAGACCUGUGCAUAAAGAGGCUAGUUUUUCUUUCCCCCUCUGUCAUAAAUCACUCUGAAAGUGAAGACUUCUCUCUCUCCUAUCAGUAGUUUUCAAUAAGCACAUAUGACACCUCUGUCACAUCACUUUUGUAUCGCUUUUGUAUAAGUGUUUGAUUACCUAGAUGGUUCAUAAAAAAGGAAACUAGAUUUAUUUAUCUAAACAUGAAAAAGUAAAGUUAUUUAAUGUAUUAAAAAUCAGGACUUAUCAUUUAACUGUAGAUUAUAUAAUCUGCUUUUUAAAUAAAGUGGUUUUGUAGCUAACUUAAACCAAA